AAAUAAGAGGGUGAAUUACAUGGGUGGAGUUGGUUGAAUUGAGUGAGGACGUGAUUGUUUGGUGUGUUCUUCCUCUGUGUGUGCAGGGCCUUCAGUAAACCAUGGCAAAGGACAUGACUCUCUUGUGGGGCUCCGGCUCUCCCCCCUGCUGGAGGGUGAUGAUCGCUCUGGAGGAGAAGAACCUGCAGGGAUACAACCAGAAACUGCUCUCCUUCGAGAAGGGGGAGCAUAAGUCCAAAGAGGUCAUGGCAAUAAACCCAAGGGGUCAGCUUCCUGCCUUCAAGGAUAAGGAUCUGAUUCUGAAUGAGUCCUACGCCGCCUGCUUGUACCUGGAGGCCCAGUACAAGUCCCAGGGAACCAAGCUGACCCCUGACUGCCCCAAGGAGCUAGCGCUGAUGUACCAGCGCAUGUUUGAGGGCUUCGCGCUCAUGCAGAAAUUUGUGGAUGUUGUCUACUACACCUAUAAGGUCCCCGAGCCAGAGAGACAUGACUCUGCUGUGAAGAGAAACGUAGAGGCUCUGAGUGCUGAGGUCAAGCUCUGGGAAGGAUACUUGCAGAAGGGAACAGGCAGUUUCCUGGCCGGAAAGACCUAUUCAUUGGCUGAUGUGUGUGUAUUCCCAGUGAUUGCUUAUCUCUUUCGUCUUGGGAUUUCUGAGGAACGUUACCCUAAGCUGACCGCUUACUAUAACAAUCUUAAAGACAGACCCAGCAUCAAAGCCUCCUGGCCCCCUACCUGGCUGGAGACUCCAGGACAGUCCGCACUGAAAGACAUCUGAGACACUGAUCAGCUGAUGCACUUAACUUAACCGUUGUGCCUGUUAUGUUUUUUUUUUUUUUUUUAACUUGUAACCACUCCUUGCACUGCACUACUAUAGCGGUGACUUAUGACGUCAACUAUAGAAUGGUUUGUGCUAUAAACAAAAUCAAUAAAAACUGAAUUUCAA